AUUGGCUGGUAACCAGGAAGUUAUUGGGAUGAUUUUGGGAGCGCGAAAUCAGGAACUGUUGUAGUUUUUCCUAAAGGCUGCCCUACUACCCUACAUUUUAAGAAGGUAGUUGGUGUAGUUUCGACUCCCGUGUCUUUCGCCAUGUGUGAAAAGAUCGAAAAGGUGAACAGCUGGCUUAGCACCGUGUUCGGAGACCAGCCGGUGCCGCACUUUGAGGUCAACACAAGGACCGUGGACAUCCUGUACCAGCUGGCACAGUCCAGUGAAGCCCGGUGCAGUGACACGUCCCUGCUCAUAGAGGACCUCAAACAGAAAACAUCAGAGUAUCAGGCGGAGGGUGCUCAUCUCCAGGAAGUUCUCCUGCAAGGGGUUGGCCUCUCCUAUGCGAGCUUGUCUAAGCCCGCGUCUGAUUACUUGUCUGCGUUAGUGGACACCGCCAUGGUGCUCGGAGUCAGAGACACAUCGCUGGGCAGCUUUAUGCCUGCAGUGAACAACCUCACCAACGAACUUCUGGAGGCAGAGAAGUCAAACAGGAGGCUUGAGAGGGAACUGCAGGCACUCAGAAAGAGGCUUGGAGCGACUCUGGUGCUGCGGAGCACCUUACAAGAGGAUGCAAACAAAUUGGUCAAAUCUCAGGCUGUGGAGAGCGCUAAAGCAGAGGAGAGGCUGCUCAACAUGGAUUUCGUGACGGCAAAGGCCAAAGAGCUGGUCAACAGACGGGAGAGGGCAGAGGCUCAACUUGUAUCCAGGAACAUGGACAAGUCCAUCACCCACGAGGCUAUUGUCAAGCUCUCUGAGGAAGUCACUGCGCUGAAACAAGAAAUAAUCCCUUUGAAAAAGAAACUGGAGCCUUACAUGGACCUGAGCCCGAAUCCCUCUCUCGCUCAAGUGAAAAUAGAGGAAGCAAAAAGAGAACUGGCUGCACUCGAUUCGCAGUUGGAGAUGAAUAUGGAUUUUAAAUGAAGAUUUUUUGUAAUGUAAAAAUGUUUCCUGUUUUUGAGCUGUAAAUGUAGUCUAAUAAAGUAAGUUGCCAUGUCUGGGGACCUUUCUGGCCUAUCGUGGAUGUUGCACUCAGAAACUGUGGGGGGCGCCAAAUCACACAGAAGGCCAUUUUCUACUCACUGUUGCUUUAAAGCUCUAAAGUGUCCAAGCAAAUCUCUGUUAAUAUCUGUUAUAUAUAUAUAUAUAUAUAUAUGCUAUAUUUUACACUCAUAUGAAGUUGCCUAAGAUGGGGAUUUUUUUUUUGUAAUGGUUCACUCUCAUUAGAUCUGUCCUGUCCUGUAUUGUGAUGCAGUCUCUUUCAUCGUAACACCGCAAAAAAAAUCACAGCCCCUUAUUUUGAAUGCUCUGAGUCAAUAAAAAAAGCUUUGCUAGACUGAA